GACUGGAGCAAACCUCAAGGCGUGGACAAAAAAAACAUUAUCUGAGCGCUGCUUGCUCGGGAUUACUCCGUAUUGCUGUUUUAUUUUGGAUAAUUAAAGGACGGCACAUAAAAAAAAAAACCUAUUCAUGACUAUUUCCAUCACGGGUGGACGUCAACGCUUUGUAUCCUAUGCUGAAAUCAGACGGUAGCUAAGUUAGCUUAAGUUAAUGCUAGCUUGCUAGUAGUUGAAGCUACGUCGCUAUCAUUAGCGGACUGAGUCUUAAAAACAGAAGCAAUUGAUUCACACAGAGUUAAAAGUAAACUAGUUAAAGUUGGCAAGAUUUACAAGAGUAAACGCAGAAAGAAAGGACAUGUUGGUUCCAGCAGACGCCGAGGGGUAAUGUUAAAGCUUCUCACCAGUUGAUAGUAGUUUUGUAUUGCUAUGCUAGCAUAAUAAGCUAGCAUCAACAAGUCAGUCAUCUCUCACCGUUAGCUUUCAACAAUCUCUUCCUGGCUACAGUUGCUAGUGGCAGUACCCUAACAUGCUGUUUGGAAGCUUAACAACUACUCUCCCCUUGCAUUCACCUAUAUUUGAUAAUGUGGAGUAUAGAGCACACUGAAAUGUAUAGUUGGCUUCAGGUAACUUACUAUUAAUACAUGUUUUACCUGAGAGGCAGAUUCACAACAAAGCACCUGUCAACAGCAGACGGCCUACCGCUACUUUAAUCCUAUCUGUCCGUCACGGAGAGAAGGCUGGGGACAAGUCUCGUACCGCUAUAUUUAUGAUUAGCAACCUCCUGGAACAGUCUGACAAAAGCAAGAUGAAGUAGAAGAUGUCACCGAUGAUGCUGUGGAUGUAAUGUAACCUCUGUGCAUUUCUUCCAAGAGUGACAGCAUGGAAUCUGAAAACAUGACUGACCUGUAUGAGGACAACCGUGAUGUCGAUCAAAGUCGCCAGUCACUCCGCAGUUCAAAGAAAGAUUCCCGAGCAUCAUACUUUGAAAAACGCAAAAAGAAUUCCCGGGACAAGAUCAAAGAUGAUGGGGAAAAAGAAAGCUGUGUUGAGAGUAGAUCGAAAACCCGAACCUGGCGUUCAGAUCCAGAUCGGGACCAGUUAUCAGACGGAGAGCGACGUAGAAGUAGUGGUUCGUUUUACUCAGAUGACUAUGACAAUGAGUCUCCUUCCGAGCGCUCAAACUCACCAUACUCUCGGUCCUGUACUCCAUCUGCUACUCCUCAGAGAAUGGUGCGUUCGAAAAGGAUUUCUAACAGCCCCCUCUACAAGACAGGAGGUGUGGGACGCCGGGGUGUUUCUCGUCCACAGCGUCCAGGUGGCCACCCGCUGACCCAGCAGCAGCGCAGGGGAGUGCGCUCACAAAGCAAGGAGUCCACACCCCCUAAGGACCUGGACCUGGUGACCAAGAGGAUGCUCUCGGCCCGCCUGCUCAAGAUCAAUGAACUGCGUAACUCACUUGCCGAGCUGCAACAGCGCACUGAUGAGCUGCAGAAGGAAAAUCGAGUUCUCAGACAGCUCCAGGUGCGGCAAGAUAAAGCCCUGCAGCGCUACGAUGACACAGAAAGUGAGAUUUCCCAGCUGAUUUCGCGCCACAACAAUGACACACAUGUGCUGCGCGAGCGGCUCAGGCGCACUCAGGAGAGGGAACGGGCUGCCGAGCGUCGGAUGAAGGACAGCGAGGAGCAGCUGCUAAGGAGUCAGGCGACCAUCGCGCGACUGAAGAAGCUCGUCGACCAGCGAGACUUAGGAGCCAGAGACGAGCUCAGCCGCAAGCUAGAGGAGGAGAAGACCCAGGCCCUGGAGGCAGAACGCAAGAUUAAGGAGCUGGAGCGUAGCAUAGAGCUGACUAGCGGCAGUUACCAGAGGCAGCUGGCUGCAGAGAGGAAGAAGACCAUCAGUGCCCAGGACGAGAUCAGGACCCUGCAGGAGGAGCUGCAACGACUGACCAAUAAACUCAAGGAGAAAGAGAGAGAACUGGAUGAUAGGAACAUCUAUGCCAACCGCAUGAUGAAACCUGCCCCAAGAAAAGAUGUUGACAGUGUCACAAAGCGGAAAAUCCCCAGCAGAAGCAGCACCAAGGCAGUGCAGACUAAAGACAGGGCGCCCAGUCUGGAUUUCCCCACUCCUCCCCCUGCCAUCACUGAUGCCAAUGAGUACAGUGAACAGGUGCCUGAUGAGUAUCUAUCUCUCAAGGAGCUUGACGGUGUUGACAGACAGGUGGCGACAGAGGAAAGACAUCCAAAGUGGGAACAGCAGAAGACAAGCGACAAAGAAAUAGAAGGAGACAAGGAGAAGGAGAUGGUGAAGGCAAAAGAUAAAGAGCUGGAAAAAGAGGAGAAGCCGCCACUCAUCCAGGAGCUAAACUUGCUUGAGGAGAAGGCAAAGCGACUAAGAGAAGGUAGGAUGAAAAAAAAAGAGGAAGAGGACAGGAAGAGGAUGAGUGCCCUGUUAAGCCAGGAGGAAGAGAACAACAGGAAGCGUGGCCAUGUCCAGGAAGAGGUGAACAGGUGGAACCAGGGGACUCUGGCCAAUCAGCAAAUGGCAGAGGAAGCACGUCGCAAAAAGCAACUGCUGCUGGCUAAGAUGCGUGAAAUAGACCGCCAAGAGCUAGGAACCCAGGACGCCAUGUUUGCUGAGCCUAUUCCUUCUGAGUCCAAUAAGGCCACCAGUAACCAUGCUUCUCCUCGUCUUCCCGAGCAGAGAAACUCUUCCAUUUCCAACCUCACUGAACCAGAGGAGUCGGCAGGUUUUCGUGCUGGAGGCGGGGACAGUGGAAGGAAAGACGGCCCGGAGGGGGGAGUUGCCACAACAGGAGUGGGAAGGAGAGCACUGCGGACUCAAAUCUCCAGGGACGACUUGGCAUUCGGGAGCUAUGCGCCUUCAUUCGGGAAUUCAGCUUCUCGAGGUUCUUCCGGCUACCCUCCCGGUCCACCGAAACAGGACAGGGACUCAGCGUUAGAGGCCAUAGGUGUUUUUAGCCUCAGAGAGGUGGAGACAGAGAAAGAAAAGGAGAUGGACAGAGGAGCGGAGAAGGACAGGAAGGCUAGCCUCAUGCAGCAACUAUUUGGACCUCUGGCAACACCUUCGGGUGAUGGAGUGAGCACAUACAAUAAAAUGGAGGUCCUCAAAAAUCCCCCAACUACCAAUGGGGUGCGUAAAAGGGAGGCACUACUCAGCUUCAACUCAGGGUCUUCUACUCCUCCAGGAUCCUCCCUCAACACCAUACAUGUGGCUGACAGCAAGCCCGCCAUCCGUGCCAUCCCCUCAUUUGAUGAUGACAUAGAGGAACUUACUUUAUGAAAAUAAUUCCAAUUUGAGGUAGUCAGGCUCAUAAAACCAUCACUGAUGUCUGUCUGUCCCAAGAUGAGUCAAAAUAAGAGAGAUAUAAGAGGGCGGCUUUGGCUCAGAUGGUAGAUGGUUGUCCAACAUCAGAAGGUCGGUGGUUCAAUCCCUGCCCUGCAGUCAACAUAAAUGCAGUCCAUUCACAAUAAACAUGGUCCUUAUUCAAGUCUUACCACUAUUUAUUUCACAACAAGAAUGUUCACUUUAUCAGCAGAACCAAAUAUAAAAGAAAAAUACAUUUUCUACAGAUUUUCUUAAAUUGUAUACAACUAUAUAAAUGUACAAUUAUUUAACUUUUGUGAAUGUUUUUAUGUAGAACAUUUGUGGUUAAAUGAGGUGUUAAUGAAACCGGUGAUACAGGGUUUUUGACCGUUUGAUAUGUUUUUAGUGCCAGUUCGGCUUGUAAAUGUUGUGGACAGAGACUGGUUUCACUCCUGUUGUUCACUAAAGAUAUUUAGCAGAUGGGUGAUGCAUUGUUGGAUAUUAGCCCUGAAAAGAGAUGAGAUGUGCACACUCUAACUCUUUGCAGUACUAUUAUUCCGGGGUUACUGAUAUGAUUGGUUGGUUUGGACAUUUAUUUUUGUUUAGGCACAGUCACUUUGAUUUAUUUUACAGGAUGCCAUAAUAAUCUAGCACUAAACAAUAUGACAAUCACAGUGUGAUAAGACUUCUUCCCGAAUGUCUGGUUAUUUUUACAGCUUUAUGAAACAGACAGGUUUGUAACAGCUGUUUGUGAAAUGAAAUCAAUCAAUGACAUAUUGUGUUUAGACAAUGAAAAACAAACAAAUGUAUUCCUUUGACUUGAAAAUAUUGUAAAACAGUAACCAUUAAUAUUCCUUGAAACACUAUGUCUUGGGGCCCUGUCCCCUGCACUCAAUCUAAUGUGAUGGCAGACAAUCAGCACUCAAGCAAACCACAGGAGAAAUGACAAGCUAUAUUGAAGUUAGUGGAAACAAUACUUUAUUUAUAUAUUUAUUGAUUUGUUGUUAUAGACUGAAAUUAUACCUUGCAACUCUGAAUGUGGCACACCAAAGUGCAUUCGUAAGCUGUAAAAUGUCUACUUUUUUAUCCAAAUAAGUCCCAUUUUUGUAUUUCUUCUGGCAGAUGUUGUUAGCGUAACUAUCGUAGUGGAUGAAACGUGUAACAGAUAAAGCAUUGUGGUUUGUAUUUAUGUGUUGACUUUUUCAUAUUUUGUACAUUUUUGUUUGUUUUUAAAAGUGUGUUUUGUCUUAUUUUAUUCAAUAAAAAUAAAUGGUGGUAAAGUUAA